AUGGAUCGAUCCAAGAAACCCGCCGCCAUCGGCGUCACCGCUACUCCCCCGCAACCCACCAUCUCCCUUGCAAACAACGUCGUCCAGGCCACAUUGCCCUCCGGCGAAUCCGUCACCGUCCAUCUCUACGGCGCAACAGUCACAUCGUGGAAGACCGCUAGUGGUGCAGAGCAGCUCUGGCUCAGCGAGGCCGCUGCACUGGAUGGAUCAAAGCCAAUCCGCGGUGGAAUUCCGGUUGUUUUCCCGGUCUUCGGCCCUCCCCCCGCUAACCACGCAACCUCCUCCCUCCCCCAACACGGCUUCGCGCGCAACAGUCUCUGGGAAUUCCUCGGCAAGUCGUCCUCCGAGUCCACCGCCUCUUCCACCACCGCCGACAAUGCUGUAAAGCUCGACUUCGGUCUUUCCUCAUCUAUGCUCUCCAACGACACCAAGUCAAAGUGGCCCUACGAGUUCGGCCUCGUCUACAGUGUUACCCUGUCGCGCGAGGGGCUGGGAACAUCUCUGCAGGUGCGGAACCAGGGGAGUGAGAACUUUGAGUUCCAGGUGUUGUUGCAUACCUAUUUGGCUAUUGAGGACAUCUCAACAAUCCAAAUCAAGUCACUGCAAGGGAAAUCCUACAUCGACAAAGUCCUCAAUGCCACCGAACACACCGAGACCGCGACCACGCUGCAAAUCGCCUCCGAAACGGACCGCGUCUACAAGGGCCUCGACCCCGCUGUCCCCAUUGUCGUCUCCUCAGCGUCCAACGGAGAUCUGUUCUCCAUUACACGUGAAGGACUGACGGAUGCCGUUAUCUGGAACCCAUGGAUUGAGAAGGCCAAGGGCAUGGGCGAUUUCAGCCCCGAUGAUGGGUAUAAGAAGAUGGUUUGUGUAGAGGCCGGUGCUGUUUCUAGUUGGACAGCUUUGGAGGCGGGUGAGUCGUGGGAGGGUGGACAGUUUAUUCGGCCUUCUGCUUGA